UGCAAGAAAGAAGUUCGAACACGCCGCUUCUAACAGCCAAGGAGCUUGAAGCCUUUAAUAAGACGGUCUUCGCUGAUUGGAAAUCUGUGAGCAGCUCGCUGGAAGUUAUUGGGUCCUUGAAGAGCGAACUGGUGAACCAGUGAUUACUUAAACUAAGGAUAUGCGCGCUGGAGCCACAAUAGAGUCGAAGGGCUUGUCCUCCAAACGUGUCUUGCAGUAACACGGUCACCACAUUCUCGCCAUAUAUUUCGAGUAAAUUUCCUCAACUACUGGCACACUUAAGCCACCGGCAAAUAAAUAACCCAAUUAGAAGGCUCGCGGCUAAAGAAUUCAACUAACAGGGUGACUGACGAUUGUUACCCUAGCGGAAGAACCUGAAAGGUGACAACAUUAAACACCAGUCAGUUUUUAUUUUGAAGAUUAAAAAAAAGACCAGAUUUUAUUUGCUGAAGGACUGUUAGUUAAUAUCUCGGGCAAUAAUCCAUGCGUUUCCUCUGCUCCGGCUACAACGUGAUGGAUGAAGAUUUGUCAUCAUUUGGGAGCUUGGGAAGGGGUGCGGGGACCGCUCCUGCCAGGGUGCACAGUAUAGACGCGAUCUUGGGAUUUACUAAAGAAGACCCAGUACCCCAUCCAACCUUCCCUUCCAGUAGAAACUCCAGGAGUGUGGAAGAAGCGGGAACAGGCAAUGGCCGGGAUUGUUGCAACAGAGCGUCAAACUUAAAACAUGAACAAGCAAACACGGAACGUUUUGACGAUCACUUUUGUACGAAUAGCAAUGGAGAAUAUCUCCGGCCAGACAUAGCGAAAACCAAACAACAUGACAAUAACUUGCUGGACGAGGACCAGCCCAAGAAGAAACACAGGAGAAACCGAACCACAUUCACCACCUACCAACUCCACGAGCUGGAGAGAGCCUUUGAGAAAUCUCAUUACCCAGACGUGUACAGCAGAGAGGAACUAGCCAUGAAAGUCAACUUGCCGGAGGUCAGGGUGCAGGUCUGGUUUCAAAAUAGAAGAGCCAAGUGGAGGCGGCAAGAAAAGUUGGAAACUAGUGCAAUGAAGUUGCAGGAUUCACCCAUGCUUUCUUUUAAUAGACCUUCACAGCCUUCGGCCAUGGGCACACUGAACAGUAACUUGUCACUGGAUCCUUGGCUCACUUCUCCAAUAUCCAGCCCAACGGCAUUGCAGAACCUACCAGGUUUCAUGACUACCACAUCUCAGGGUUUGCAGAGCAGCUAUACUCCUCCACCUUUCUUAAACUCCCCAGCCUUAACCCACAGCUUGCAACCUAUGGGUGGCAUCACUCCCACAACUUUUCAAUGUGGGACUGCUUAUGUGGAUAAGUUUCCCCUGGAAGAUGCAGACCAGAGAAACUCCAGUAUAGCUUUGCUAAGAAUGAAAGCCAAAGAACACAUUCAAUUCAUUGGAAAAAGUUGGCAGACUAUCUGAGAUCACAAACAGAGAUGUUGUUUAAUAAUUAUGUUUAAUUGAUUUAAAAAAUGCUGAAUAGAAGUUUAACAUUGGGAUGUAAAAAGGUCUUAUUAAAUGUCAAGAACCAGAAUCAUUGUAUUAUUCCUAAAAACUUGGUUUUUAUUUUUGUAUAUUUGGUGUUAAUUGUGGAUUUGUUGUAGAUGCAAUAAUUUUGUUGAAUAUGGUCUGUAGUUUACAAGUGAAUAUUAGAUAAAUCACAGAUUAAUGGUUUCAACUAUUUUGUAUAUUUUAUUUUAAUGCCCUAUAAAAUGUGCAUUUGACUGUAGAAAGAUUCACAAAUAACACCAAACAUUUUAGCAAAAUUAGUUUGUUGUCAGUGAAUGAAUGUUUUAUAAAAAAUUGAACAUUAAAGAUUUACAUUUUGGGAA